CUAAAUUAUGUUUACCGAUGCUCAACGGCAGAAGCAGCGCCAAGGAAGGUAUGGCACUCCGCGGCGGCAGUACUUGCAGGAUCUUGUGACGCGAUUCCAAGGAGGGAAGGGCUCCAAGGAGCAAAUCGUGGCUCACCUAGCGAAUUUUGCGUAUGAUCCAUUCAACUAUGACUACUUUCGAGAGCUCAAUAUUGUGGAGCUUUUCUUGGAUUGCUUGACGGAACCGAACGAAAGAUUGGUUGAGUUUGCGCUCGGUGGAAUUUGCAACUGCUGCCCUGACUCUCAAAUCGCUUCGAUGAUCAUUGCUUGCGAAGGCAUUCCUUUGAUCGUUGCAUGCCUCUCAAGCCACGUAGAGAACACGGUCUUGUCUGCGAUCGUUUCUCUAUACUACCUCUGCACGCCUUCGACAGAAAAAGAGAUCUUAACUCCUCCAGUUAUCGAGAUCAUGAAAGCUUACGCAGCGCUGGAAUGUGUCAAUGUACGUUUCCGAAACGCUGCACAGGCCUUUCUUGACAGACACAUCCAAGGCAAAUCUCCAGAGCAAUAACCUUCAACGAUGCUAGUAAAAAAACGCUCAAGGUUUUUUAUUUUCUUUGAUGGAAGGUGUUGCGAUCACAGUCAGCGAUCAUGAUCAUGGAUUCCAGUUUCCAGCUACCAAUUAAGUGCAAAACUUUCUCCAAACAAUGCUUUCGGAUUGAUACUAGAGGUUGCAGUCGCUGAGAGACAAUUGACAGAGAUUUGGCAAGCUCAGCAGUAAGUCGGGGUUAAGCCAAGGAACUCUGGUGGUGAGGACAA